UUUUGCUAUGACAAACCGCAGUUGAAUCACGCGCAUUUUAAUAUUUGUGAUCAUUUCGCACUUAACCACGAAAGUGUGCGCGCGUCUUGUUUCAAUUAAAAUUGGCGCCUUAUCACUAAUGUUUCUUCGCGUUUGAUAAGAUCGUUACAUCACCAAGUGAUAAGAAUCUUCAAGGACCUAUUUGUCUUACAGGAUUGAAUCAUUUUUAAAAUCCGAUAUGUUACGGUUGCCGCUGGUCGAGCGUUAAAACAAAAGACAAUUGUUGUUACUACAGUGUAUAUAGUGUGUGACUGUUUUUUGAAUGCCCUCCGCGCACUAUGGGGAGUGCACCGAGACUCAAGAUAACAGUGGUGGGCGAUGGUAUGGUUGGCAAAACUUGCCUUCUCUACGUUUACACUAGAAACGAAUUCCCCAAAGAAUACGUACCAACGGUAUUUGACAACUAUGUAGGACACAUUACGGUUGAUGGACAAGAAAUUGAAAUGACACUCUGGGACACUGCCGGCCAGGAAGAUUACGAAAGACUUAGACCUUUGUCAUAUAAUAACACGCAUUGUUUCCUGGUAUGUUACUCAGUUGGGAGUAGAUCGUCUUAUGAAAACGUUGGUCACAAAUGGUAUCCUGAAUUAAAACAUUUCAGUUCGUCGGUGCCAAUUGUUCUUGUUGCUACUAAAACAGAUUUAAGGGCAAGCGGUCAAGCGGUUAUUACAACUCAAGAAGGGAAAGUAUUAAAAAGGAAAAUAAGAGCAGUCCAAUUGGUUGAAUGUUCUGCUUUGGAACGAGAGAAUAUGCAUGAAGUAUUCGAGGAGGCCGUGCGUGCUGCUCUCAAGAAGAAGCAAGUAACAAAACGAACUUGCAAUUUCCUAUGAUAUGUGAAAUACUACUUAAAAUUGUCUUCGCUAACUAACAUGAAAUAUCUUAGAGAAAAUAUCACAAAACUUAUCAUCAAGCAUAAGCCCUAUAGGGUUUUCUUAUUCAAUUAUCUAAAAUUAUAUUUAAACUUUAUUCCUGCUGUGUAGAUGUUUAAAAUGUAAAUAAUUUUUGCACCUUAAGUAACUCUAUUCAAUACCUAAAUAAAGUCUAGUUUUUAAGGUCACUAGAAAUCCCUGUGUUAAAAUGAAAUAAUAUACAUAAAUCGUUAUAAAUAAGAAUUUGAUUUGAAGUAUUAUAUUUUUUCGAACCUUAACUUUCAAACUGACGAUGUUUAGAAGAAAAUAUUACUAGAUUAUACUAAUUUCGAUUUUUCAUAUAUACCUACACAAAAAUUAAAAAUAUAACAUUUUUUUUUGUUAAUUCUUGACAAAGAGACAGGAAGUGAGGAACACCUAUGAAUUUAUGAAACCGAUAAAAGAAUCAACAUCGAUUUAAUUACAUAACAAGACGAGAGUUUAAAUUACGACAGUAUUGUUUUAGGCGUGUAACGUGUGUUAUAUAAAGUCAAUUUAUUUAAACAUGAUUUAUUUACGUUUGUCACCGUUGUGUAUAUAUUUUAUAAAUAAACGGUCUUAAUUAAAAAAUAAAGAA